AUGUCUGGAGAAGAAUCGUCAGACGAAACAUUUCUACUAUUACAGGUUCAGGAAAUAGUAGAAAAAUUCUUCAAAAAAAAUACAGUCUGGUCGUUGCUUAGCUUUUUGAAUUUUAGAGCAAAGACCAAGUAUUUUACGCGUGAUAAGAGAAGGGAGCAUGGUUUGUACAAAAGAGCUUUAGAAUUAUUGUCAGUGAAUAACGCUCAAGCUCGAGAAUAUCUUACCGGCGUAAUAUAUGAUUCCAUCAAAGAUUCGAAAGAUGCAAGAACGUUUUUAUCCGAUAAAUUGAAGUCAUUUGUAAAGGAACAUGCUGGGAAGCGAAAUCAUGAUCACAUAGAAGAUUCUCAAGGUCGUAAAGAGUCUUAUGAAUCCAAUCCUGGUUUUCACACACCGGAUCCCAAGAAGGCCAAAACAGAUUCUACGUUUAACGUGUCAUUCGACGAAUACACUAUUGCCGUUAACGCCGUCAAUUCUAUUCAAAACGAUAAAGAAUCUGCCCACACAAACCCACUCUGGUGGGGUGUUCUAGACUUCCGUGAGGAGAACGUGUCUCCGAGUCCAAGCCUUCCCCGUGCAAAGAAUUUUCUCUCGGCUAAUGAAAUUGAUCAUUUGAUGAAUAUGACACAAAAUGCUAUUCAAGAAGAGAAUGAAAAGAUAAGUAAAUCAGCCGAAUCAUUUUUAGAAGCAUUGCUAUUAUCGGAAAUCGUUAGCCUCCAACUUCUCGCAAAGGAAU